AUGAUGGCUUCACGGACUUUCUCCGCUGUUUUCGUCGCUCUCUGUGCUUUCCAGGACAUCAAUUCCGUGACGGGCAACGCCAAUGACUGCGACACAGAGUGUGCCACAACUUACCCUGGGUCAUAUUGUAAGUAUUGGAAGACGCCGAGCACCUGCUUCGGCUCGGAUGCCCCGUGCUUCUGCGGCACGAGUGGACCGACUGAGGCUCUCCGAGGUUCCACAUCCUCUGCUGCAGUCACGGAUGAGGUCACUGAGGCCGCUACAAGCGAAGAAGGUACGACAGCAGCUCCCGGAGCGACGAGUACGACUGGUUCUGAAGCUACUGUCGAUGCCACAGUAGCGGCCAGUACAGCUGCGGUGACCGAUGAGGUGGCUGUCACUACUGCACCUCCUGUGACUGGCGAAGUGACCAUCAGCACGGCAGCUGGGGAAGCUCCCGGUAGAGACAAGGAUGACUCUGAUGCUACCACCAAGGUCGCUACGGAGGCUGCAACUGUCACCACUACGAUCGGUGCUCCUGUUGAGCCUACUACUACUAUAACGUCCCCUUUCCCGGUCAGCACAGCUGCUGUGACCGAUGAGGUGGCUGUCACUACUGCACCUCCUGUGACUGGCGAGGUCACCAUCACCACGGCAGCUGGGGAGGCUCCCGGUAGAGACAAGGAUGACUAUGAUGCUACCACCCAGGUCGCUACGGAGGUUGCGACUGUCACGACUACGAUCGGUGCUCCUGUUGAGCCUACUACUACUAUAACGUCCCCUCUCCCGGUCAGCACAGCUGCUGUGACCGCUGUCACUACUGCAGCUCCUGUGACUGGUGAAGUGACCAUCAGCACGGCAGCUGGGGAGGCUCCCGGUAGAGACAAGGAUGACUCUGAUGCUACCACCCAGGUCGCUACGGAGGUUGCGACUGUCACGACUACGAUCGGUGCUCCUGUUGAGCCUACUACUACUAUAACGUCUCCUUUCCCGGUCAGCACAGCUGCUGUGACCGAUAAGAUUGUUGAUACUACUGCAGCUCCUGUGACUGGCGAGGUCACCAUUACCACGGCAGCUGGGGAAGCUCCCGGUAGAGACAAGGAUGAUUCUGAUGCUACCACCCCGAUCGCUACUGAGACUGCCACUGUGGCUACCACGAUCAGUGCUUCUGUUGAGCCUACUAUUACGACGUCCCCUCUACCGGUCAGCACAGCUGCUGUGACCGAUGAGGUCGCUGUCACUACUGCGGCUCCUGUGACUGGCGAGGUGACUAUCACCACGGCAGCUGGGGAAGCUCCCGGUAGAGACAAGGAUGAUUCUGAUGCUACCACCCCGGUCGCUACUGAGACUGCGACUACCACUAGGAUCGAUGCUCCUGUUGAGCCCACUACUACUAUCACGACCCCUCAACCGGCCAGCACAGCUGCUGUGACCGAUCAG